ACACUUUUUCCCCUUAUGUAUCGUAAAACUCGUUUUUUUGUUUUACAUUUAUCAUUAUUUAUGUGUCCACACCAGGUACGUGUUACUGGGAAGGCAAUAUUUGGUCGGAUUCUCCAGGUAAUGGCUGUGCAAUAUUUUAUGUGUUUUGGCAAGUCAGUUCAGUUGGGAGCACAUUCUUGCAGUGUACCGGUGGCAUUAUCAGCUUCAUGUUUGAGAAACCGAGCAUUGCCAGUGUCGAGAGUUGUUUUUGGGGGAUGCAGAUCAGUGUAUGCGUUUGCGGGAUCGCGUUCGUGAUAUUAACAUAUUCUGUUAAAUUACUAUAUGUAAAGUCAACUGUGGAACCCUCGGGCCAAGGGCCGCAUAGUCGUCCGGUGGGUUCAAGACUGCGGACACGUAAGUACCAACACGGUGACGUAUAACUCAGCCACAAAUGGUUCCUCUGUUCUCGUAUUGCCGCGCGCAUUGUCCUUGAAGUCGCUGUUAGUUGUAUCAGUACCUUUUAAGUCAGCCCAUAUGCUUUGUUGUAAUGGCCUUUGUAAUAAGCACACAUGUAAUAUGAGAUUGUGGCACUUGGUUCUUAGUUAUCUGAUCUCGGUACUCCCGUGUGUUAAACAAUAAAGUAUGUGUGUUUGAUGUGAGAUCAUUGUCUGAGAGUGCUUAAAGACCGGAGUAUUGGCGAAUGGUGCUACACGAGUGAUAUGUUUACAGUUAAUGUGUGUUGUCUCAAAGUUAUUUAGAAUGUAAAGUUGUGGGAACUAACGGUGUGGUUUUCGUUGGCAUCGUUUUGCGAUUGAAAACCUUUUGCAACAGUAUUUCGGUGGUUUAAAUACUUGAAGGGGUGGUGCUGGGAUCAGCUGCGGCUGAGGAUUGCGUAGUGGGAAGACCCUGACCUGAGCCUGAUCCCACUAACCCACCACAACAGUUCCACUCCAGUGAAAGGUUGUUGACCUUGGUCUGUUGCUAUACAUUGGGGAAGUAUUUCUCCGUGCUCGGCAGCGUCUUGGUGCGGUCGUCGCGUGCGGCUUUGCAGUGUAGUUUCAAAGUUAAUCCAGUUAGAUGCCAAGGAUUUAAAUAUAACUUCAUGUUACCAGACUUAUUGCCCCCGGCGGCGUCCGCGCCCGUAACAUUUUGUGAGCUGUCAAUUUGUUGCAUUUUGACCCCGAAUCCUGACGUCCUGGCGUUGCCCGCCUGAAUUGCCAAUCCCGAGGUGCCCAGAUGCCGGGUUUUCGGCCGUCCGGCUCGAUCCUGAGGGACGAUCCCAGUGAGAGGUGGAGCGACAGACAGUGAGCCGCGCCGGGGAUGUGAUGGAAUUAAUAAAUAUCUGCUUCGGGCCCUUUGAUCAUGUACUUGGAUGCCGUUGGCUCGUGUUUUGUAUCGCAUAGGCAUAAACUUCAGCCUCGGCUUUCGGUUCAUUUGCAUUUAUUUUAUAAAUAUUUGAGGGCAUUUCGCUGGGUGAGACAUGGUGACAUUUUCCCAGUCCUGGGUUGGCGUAAAUAAUGAUGUUCGUAAUCCAGAUGUAAGUGAUACAUACUAAGCCGGCAUAUAUAUUUCGGACAGAUUUAGCCGCCAUGAUAGAAAUUUGAGCACAGGGUUUAUUUGUAGCACUUUGAAGGGCAGUUACCAGUGACCCGCGGUACACUGGCACCAGCUCAGGUUUGACGCUUUUUACCAUGUGGCACCUGAAGUAGCUACUGUUUCUCGCAUUGGAAGUCUAACUUAAAAGAAUCGGCGAAGUGGUCACAAAAGCAGCUUGGUUACCAUUCUUAAGUCUGGUGACAAGAGCGCAGCUUAAGUGGCAGACUAUUGCAUCUAUACUCCGCACCUCUACAGUUCAUGGUAUCAAUUCUUCCGGAUGCGUAAUGACUUAACACUGUGUCUGAAGGUUCUCGUAAUUUCGUGUUGGUUCUCGGUCAUGACCAUUUCCGUGCUGUUGUGGCGCGAGACAGCGGGCUGGCCCCCUGGCGGGGACCCGUGCCGCCGUUUGUCAGGGCCGGUGUUUGAUGGCUCCCGGGCGCCGCGGUCAGGAUUAGCCAGCCGACUGAUGGGGCGGGUGGUCGGCGUGUCGGCCCCCGCCGCCCGCGCCACAGUCAGGGGCAGGGCCACAGUCAGCAGCGAGCGUGCCGACAUGCAUGUCUGGCUGUGUUUGUUCGCCGUGUCGGUGGUGUCGGGCCGUCGCUGAGCGCUGGUCGGCCCCGCCCUGGACUCUGUUGGAGACGGCGUUCGCUCUGUCGGCAGGACUCGAACGACGCCGAGCCGCCACGGCCGGCGCCCCGGGACGCACGCGGCACCGCCCCCGCCCCCGCGACCGCCGCUGCCUCCGCCGCCGCCGCUGCCGUCCGCCGUGAGCCCAGGGUCUGUGGAUCCGGCACUGGCAGUGGGAUGGCACCUGACGCAGCCGCUUCCACCAUCACUGCCACCACCACCGCGCCACCGCUGCCUACCACGACCACCACGGCCCCGGCGGACUCCAGCCGGAGGGAGCCGGUUCCGGGCGCGGCGGCCGGCCCCGGCGCUAGUCACGACAGAGACGGCGCCCGCCGCGAGCAACGCGACAAACGGGACAGUGAUAGGGACAAACGGGACGGUGAAAGGCCCAAACGGGACGCUGAGAAGGACAAGCGUGACGGUGAAAAAGAUAGACGGGAUAGUGGAAAGGACAAGCGGGAGAGCACGCGGGAGAAACGGGAAGAGGAGAAGAGCAGGCAUGGCAACAGUCGAGACAAAGAGCGUGGCAGGGAUUCUGAUCGUGUUAAGGAUAGCGAGCGUGGCAGGCGGGACAGCGAUCGUGAUAAGCGCGACAGUGAUCACCACAAGAAGGACGGCGACCGUCACAGGAAAGACAGCGAUCGUCACAAAGGCGACAGCGACCGCCACAAGGGGGACAGCAAGCGCGAGUCUGAUCGCGGCAAGACCGACCGUCGGGACGGCGACCGAGAUAAGCGGGACGGGGACCGGGACCGGCGGGACAAGCGGGACAGCGACAAGGACCGGCGGGACAGGCGGGAUCGGGACAAGAAGAGCGUGCAUGACCGGCGCGGCAGCCGGGAUGAUGACCGGCGAGACCGGGACCGACACUCCAGCCGGGACCGGGACCGGGACCGGGACCGGCGCAGCCGGGACCGACGCUCCGAUAAGAAGAGCUCGCGCAGCCCCGACCGCAAACGGCACGCCAGCUCCGAGGAGGGUGGAGACAGAAAGCGGCCCCUUCCGGUGGCGCCGGGGCCGGCCUUGCCGGCACCCUCCAUGCUAAACCCCUUCCCUUAUAAAAAGAAAAGUCCCGGACCAGACAAAGACAAAGUCAGAGAAAGGCUGGAGAAGCUGCGGAAGCAAGGAGGCCUGCAGACGUACCAGCAGAUCAUGAGCGGGAUAGCGCAGCCGCCGGUCGGCUCCAUGCUGCCGCGUUACUACAAUCAGACGGCGCUCAACGCCGCCAAGUUCGCCGACCAGGAGCGCAAGAAGAAGCUGCUCUGGGGAAACAAGAAGGCGGAGCUGGACCAGCAGCAGGCAGCUACGGCGGCGGAGGUCGCUCCCGGCGCCUGCGCGGCCGGCGUGUGGAAAACGGCCGCGUUCGAGCAGGACAAGGACGGCAAGGUGGCCACCAAGUUCCUCCGGCUGAUGGGUGUAAAGAACGCCGAGGAGGUGGCCUCCCAGAACACAGAGGCGUCCGAGGUGGUGGAGAAACAGAAGAAGAUGUUCCAGGACAUGGAGCAGCAAUACGAGCAGGCGCGCGUCACCACGCACACGCAGAAGGGCUUCGGGCUGGGCUACACGACACAGUACUUGCAGCCCAAGUCGUAGUGACGCGCCAGGGGCCUGGCGCCCUCGCGGCGCUGUGCGCAGCGCACGGCACGGCGAGCGCCCCGUCGUGUGGUGCUCCCACGAACUGUGUCUCGUCUGCGUUUUACGCGUUCUCGGUCGACCGCGACAUAGAUCACACAGUGUCGACUUGCCGACAGUGUUGUCAGCUGACGUAUGUUAUGUGGUGUUCCUCUGUGAGAGACAACCUGUGCUCGUUGUAAUCGCUCAUUGGCAUUCUGCAUCGAUUUGCCGCUGGGCAGGGCGACGGCAGUGGGGCUGCGGCAGUAUCUGCGCCCGAACUGCUCGGCAAGCCUCGAAUAAGGAUUGGUGCCAGCUGCCGAUCGGCUAGUGCGGGGUCGACUAAUCCAUACGCAUGUUGUUAUUGCCUCGUGUGUGUGUGUGUGUGUCCUGGCUGCCACGGACUUGCUCGUGCAUUACAGUCGACAUGGAGCUCCCGCCGUGUUCGGUAAUAAAUCUGUAGAACGACG